AGGCUUAACCGUCCUGCGUUUUUGUAAAGGCGAUUGUUGGUGCGCAUCAUCGCGGGAGCCAAAAGGAGGUUCGCCACUGUUCCAUAGGAGACUGCGGGCUGCUGGAGCGUCAUGACAGCUGAGAAGAGCGGGCCCGUUAUAAACGGUAAACCAGAGGAUGGCAGAGACCCGGAAGGGUCCAGCUCCAGCCUAGACAACGGGGACUACAACGAGAGGGGUCACUGGAACAACAAGAUUGAGUUUGUCCUGUCAGUGGCCGGAGAGAUCAUUGGGCUGGGAAACGUCUGGAGGUUCCCCUACCUUUGCUACAAGAAUGGAGGAGGUGCGUUCUUUGUUCCAUAUGUCAUCUUCUUCGUGUGCUGCGGCAUCCCCGUGUUUUUCCUGGAGACGGCUUUGGGUCAGUUCACCAGCGAGGGAGGCAUCACCUGCUGGAGGAAAGUCUGCCCGCUAUUUGAAGGGAUUGGCUAUGCAACACAGGUGAUUGAAGCUCAUCUAAACGUGUACUAUAUAGUGAUUCUAGCCUGGGCCAUUUUCUACCUCUUCAACUGCUUCACCACUGAGCUUCCGUGGGCUGGCUGUGGCCACUACUGGAAUACAGAGAACUGUGUUGACUAUUACGGAGAGAACGCCACCAACAUCACGAACCCCAACGCAACCUCUCCAGUGAUCGAGUUCUGGGAACGCAGAGUGCUGAAGAUAUCCGAUGGCAUUGAGCACAUGGGGGGGGUGCGCUGGGAGCUGGCCAUGUGUCUGGCCCUGGCCUGGUUCAUCUGCUACUUCUGCAUCUGGAAGGGACCCAAGUCAACCGGCAAGGUUGUGUAUGUGACGGCCACCUUCCCUUAUGUCAUGCUGCUGGUCCUGCUAGUCAGAGGAGUGACGCUUCCCGGAGCGUACGACGGCAUCAAGUUCUACCUCUACCCAGACAUCUCCCGUCUCUCUGACCCUCAGGUAUGGGUGGAUGCAGGAACACAGAUCUUCUUCUCCUAUGCCAUCUGCUUGGGCUGUCUGACUGCUCUGGGAAGCUACAAUGCUUACAACAAUAACUGCUACAGGGACUGCAUCAUGCUGUGUUGUUUGAACAGCGGCACCAGCUUCGUGGCAGGUUUCGCUAUCUUCUCUGUGCUGGGCUUUAUGGCCUACGAACAAAACGUUCCCAUUGAGGCUGUGGCGGAAUCUGGUCCUGGUCUGGCAUUCAUUGCGUACCCCAAAGCUGUUACCAUGAUGCCUCUGUCUCCACUGUGGGCGUGUCUCUUCUUCAUGAUGCUGAUCUUCCUGGGCUUGGACAGUCAGUUUGUGUGUGUGGAGAGUCUGGUCACAGCGGUGGUGGACAUGUACCCAGAGACCUUCAGGAGGGGCUACCGCAGAGAGCUGCUCAUUCUGGGCAUGUCUAUCGUGUCUUUCUUCAUCGGACUCAUCAUGUGUACGGAGGGAGGGAUGUACGUCUUCCAGCUGUUUGACUCGUACGCUGCCAGCGGGAUGUGUUUGCUGUUUGUGGCCAUCUUUGAGUCCAUCUGUAUCGGCUGGGUGUACGGUAGUGACAGAUUCUACCUAAACAUCGAGGACAUGAUUGGCUACAAACCCGUCUUCUUCAUCAAAUGGUGCUGGAUGAUCCUGACCCCGGGCAUCUGUGCUGGAAUUUUUUUGUUCUUCUUGAUUAAGUACAAACCGCUGAAGUACAACAACGUGUACACCUACCCUGACUGGGGCUACGGCAUCGGCUGGUUCAUGGCCAUGUCCUCCAUGGUGUGCAUCCCUCUGGGAAUUAUCUGGAUGAUUUGGAAGACUCCUGGCACCUUCACCGAGAGAAUAAAGAAGCUGACCACUCCCAGCCCAGACCUGAAAAUGAGAGGGAAACUGGCUGCCCUCAGUCCUUAUGCUGCCAAUGAUGCAAAACUUAAGGUCGACGGGAAAAUAUCCACCAUCUCAGAGAAGGAGACGCAUUUCUAAUCCCCCGGCGGCCUGCUGUCCAGCAGAAUGAAAGCUCCACAACGUUAUCAGCAGCACACACACAGGAAAUGAAACAAAUGACUCGGAGUGUUAUUUUUGUUUUGUAAAAAAAAAAAGGAAAAAAAAGGAAAAGUUAUCCCGUGUUUCUGUAGUCUGCUUCUGUGUCUGCACAAACUUUAACACUUUUAUUGUUUUCAGUUAACAUUGUGACUAAAGCAGCUGUUUCUCUUGUUUUCUAACCAUUAAUAUUUAAACGUACUCGAUGUGGUUAAAACUUGUCACUGCUGGUCGUGUCCGUGCCUUCAGAAGGAGACCAGAGUGUUGUACAUGUGUUGGCAAAGUGCUGUGCCUCAUCAUGAGGUACCUGGUGCCCACUGUGACUGAGAUGUAGCAGCUUGGGGACCAUUCCACAUAGUAGUGUGCUAGGAAAGGCCUGAGCACCGAGGCUAGAGGAGGGCACCACGUACUCCUGUCUUCAAAGAGUUUUGCCACUGAAAUCCUGAAUGCUAUCUGCACCAGCUGCCACUGUGAGGGCUGUGCAGCAUUUCUAGGCCUUGAAUUUUUCUUAUUUACUUGAAUUCAUUGUCUUUGCCAAGCAACACAAGCAAAAAGUCUCCCUAUUGGAUGCAGCUGACUGACAUCACGAGGCCGCCGAGCAUUUUGUUGGUGUUUGGCAGGUUUCUGUGGCGCCACUCUUUCUAACUAAAUGUCUCCUUUUGGGAAGUUAAAGGCAGUUCAGCAUUUACAACACGUUAAAGCCUCCUUCACUUACAGACGUGUAGUUUUGUAGUUUGAGGUCCAGACCUUCACUUGGCCACAAACAGCUGUGUGUGACUCGCAGGCUGAGUUCAGACACACCUCUGUCCUCCUAGAAGUCAUGGAUAUCUGUCAUUCCACAGUACUGAUGCUGAGCCCAACACAGAGUGGCAGAUAGACGUGCUUCCAACCCUGCAUUUUGAUUUCCUCUCCGCCUGUAGACGAGAAGAUGGACGCCCAUCACAUGAGCACUUCAAACCUCAUCUCGUCUUCUUAUCCUCCCUCUUUUUCAUUCUUUCGUCGUCGUCUUUUUCUCCGCUGUCCUUCCUUCUCAUCCUCAGCCUCUGCUCGUCUGCCUCUCUGUUUUCUCCCCUUCUUCUGCUGCUUCCUUUCAUCACAUGGAGGACUUGAACACUGACACAGUCUUUGCAUGAAUCACUGGUUUAUGCCUCAGUAGUAGCCUGGCUAUUGAUUUGCAUGUCUCCGACCUUUUACCAUGAGAAAUACGUCUCUUGUUUUGCCGUCUGAGCCACUGCAGGGGUGAAGCAGUCAGUUCCUGUCAUGGAUGUAAUUGUGCCAGGAGGCAACGAGCUGGUCUCAUUGUUCGGAUCGAUCCGUCCGUUACAGCCUCAUCCCAUCAGCACGCCAACGGCUCAGAGCUGUCCCUCCGCCCUUCCUUGCUUUGUCCAACUUUUUUUGCUUCCCUUCUUUUCUUUCUCGUGUCCUUGUUUCCUGAUGAAAAUGCAAUCAGAGGAGAGCAUAUGAGGGAAUGAAAAAUUCUCUCACAGUUUUUCAGGAGGAGGCAAAGAAAGCAAGGGAAGAACUAAGGAACUGAUGAGCUGAGGAAGUGUGUGAUCGAGUAAGAAAUGAGGGAAAUCGAGGAAGUGUUUAGUGACCGAAGCUCCUCCUGUCUAAGCUGUGACGUCCUCUCAAACAUGUGACUGGUCCCUCUGGUGUUGCUGCAUUCUGACAUUAUCACCUCCUCACCCAUGUUCAUGCCAGUCAGUAGCUGUGUGCAUCAGGAGAUGAUAGCCUGCUGUUUAACACGCAUCAUAUCAUGUAUAUUUUUACAUCUCUUUCUAGAAAUUUGUCCUCUAUUUGUUGAGAUGAAAAAAGUUUUAAAAAGAUUUGCUGUAAUAAAACAAAUACGUCCUUUGUUUUGACUUUUGAUAUGCUCAAAAGAUCUCGUUGUAGAAAUAUAAUGAAGGUGUUUCACUGUUCUGUUCUGUUCUGUUCUGUUCUACACAUUUUGGUAUUCACAGGACACAUGAACUGUCUGCUUACUCAUUUUUAAGAAUAAAUAUUAUAAAGGAAAGCUGA